AUGUUUCUAAACCUGCUUUUUUUGGUAGUGGGGACCAGAUCGGUGGCUCUUGCUAGCCCCAAUGAGGCAUUGAGGUCAUGCUUCAAGAAUGCCCUGACAGGCGGGGGGGAGUUUUGCCCUAGCCGCAGCAGUGGCCUUUCCAACGUGAGUGUCUUUAUAGAAAAUGAUUCAUUAUGUCCGUUGCUCAUGGACCACAGUUCUUCUCAGCAGGUGGCUGCUAUUGUCCAAUGUGCCGCAGAGAACGAAUAUCCAGUCCAAGCCAAAAGUGGAGGGCACAGCUAUGGCAAUUACGGCCGUGGAGGAACAGACGGUGCUGUUGCGAUUGACUUGAAGCAUCUCCAACAAUUCUCCAUGGACAAUGCAUCCUGGCAAGCGACAAUUGGGGCGGGGAGUUUGCUAAGUGACGUGACACAGCGGCUGUAUCACGCCGGAGGACGGGCUAUGUCUCACGGAAUUUGCCCUCAGGUCGGUUCAGGGGGACAUUUCACAAUUGGUGGUCUUGGGCCGACUUCGCGUCAAUUUGGUGCCGCACUUGACCAUGUACUGGAGGUUGAGGUGGUUCUUGCGAACUCGAGCAUUGUUAGAGCCUCAGACAGGGACAACCAGGAUCUCUUUUGGGCCAUCAAAGGUGCUGCCUCCGGCUACGGUAUCGUCACAGAGUUCAAGGUCCGAACUGAGCCUGAACCUGGUACUGCGGUGCAGUAUGAAUACAGCAUAGAGUUUGGCGAUCUCAAGCAGCAGGCGGCCCUUUUUAAGAGCUGGCAGGCCUUCGUGUCAGAUCCGAAGCUGACUCGAAAGAUGGCGUCUACGCUCACUGUGCUUGAGAAGAGUAUGGCAAUCAGUGGUACCUUCUUCGGCACCAAGGAAGAGUAUGAUAAGUUAAACCUUGGCAGCAAGUUCCCCGGUGCAAAUGGCAGUGCAUUGGUUUUUGAUAACUGGUUAGGUCUUGUCGCCCACUGGGCACAAGAUGCUAUUUUGGGGCUGGCGGCUGGAAUCCCAACAAAUUUCUACGCAAAAUCUACUUCUUGGACUCCCCAAACCCUGAUGGCCCCGGAGACUAUCGACAAAAUGUUUGACUACAUUGGUACUGUCGACAAGGGUACUUUGGGCUGGUUCUUGUUGUUCGAUUUCCAGGGAGGUUACACCAAUGACAUUUCAACUAAUGCUACAUCUUACGCCCACCGUGACGUCCUCAUCUGGUUACAGUCCUACACAAUCAAUUUAGUGGGAAAUAUCUCCCAGCCCCAGAUCAACUUUCUCGAUGGACUUAACAAGAUCGUCACCAAUGACGUGCUUCCCUAUAAUGCCUACCCGGGUUACGUUGAUCCUCUUAUGCCCAACGCCGCCGAGGCAUACUGGGGUACCAAUCUCCCCCGACUACAGCAGAUCAAAGAGCAAAUUGAUCCGAACAAUGUGUUUAGGAAUCCACAGAGCCCAUCUCCUGCAAAGAAGGAACCAUUGUGA